CCAGGACUGUCCUCCCUGUCAGGUCUGUGGUCACCAAUAGCUGCAGCAGCGUGGCCAAGCAGCUCUGUGACUUUGUCUGUGACUGCAGCGACUGCUCGGACGAGAACCAGUGUGGGUAUCUGCAGGGCUCAGCAGUGCUGGGCACCCCCUUCACCUGUGACUUCGAGGACAGCGACUGUGGCUGGCAGGACACGAGCACCUCGACGUACAGAUGGGUGCGAGGCCAGGCCAGUCUGGCCACCUGGGGCACAGCGCCCCGUUCAGACCACACAGUGGGCACCGACCUGGGCUGGUUCAUGGUGACCGUGUACCCCCCGGCAAAGCCCACAGCCACGGCCUGGCUAAGGUCACCGGAGAUGCGGGAAGCAGCCGCAACGUGUGAGAUCAGAGCCUGGUACCACCUCUCAGGGAGCAGGCCCAACCAGAUGGAGCGGGCGGUACUGCGCCUGGCUGUGGUGCACAGGGACGAGGUGGUGGGGCUGUGGCAGAGCCCCAAGUGUGGUGGAGAGGGCUGGCACCAGCUGGUCGCUUACCCGGGCCGGAUUGCAGAGCAGUUCCAGGUGAGCUUCUCACUGACACAACCGCCUGGCUGUGGGGCAGAGGUGGCACUUGAUGACAUCAUCUUCAGGAACUGUGGCUUGCCAGAGCCCAGACAGCAGGUCUGUGGGCCCCAGGAGAGCCGCUGUGGCCGUGGCUCCUGCCUGGCACUGCACCGCUUCUGCGACGGCACCGACGACUGCGGGGACGGCUCCGACGAGGCUGCGGCACAGUGCAGGUCCUUCACUUCCUGCUCCUUUGAACAUGGUCUCUGUGGCUGGGAGGCAGAGCCUGGGCCACCAGCAUGGGGCAGGAACACAAGCCUGAGCCUGGGCACUGCUUAUGGGAUCCCCACCCGUGACCACAGCAGCAACAGCAGGGCUGGCUUUUUCCUCCAUGUGGGCAGUGCCCCCACCGUGGGGGCUGGCAGCACGGCAUGGCUCAGCAGUCCCACUUUCCAGGCCACCAACUCCUGCUCUCUUGUGCUGUACUGCCACCUGCAUGGCUCAGCCACCAGCAGCCUCAGCAUCUCCUAUGUGGUCAACUCCACCAAGCACCUAGUGAGGGAGAGGACAGGGGACCUGGGCAGCUGCUGGAUCCGUGAGAGAGUGGACUUCAAUGUGACGGGACCCUUCAAGGUGCUGAUCGAGGGGGUGGCUGGCAGCAGGGGAACUGUGGCCAUCGAUGACCUGAUCCUGUCGCAGGGCUGUGUGAAGGAGCAGGGGAAGUCCCCGGUCACGCUGCCAAGCCGGCCAAGUGCCAGCCCCUGUGCAGCAGAGGACGUGGCCUGUGACAGUGGGGGCUGCAUCACCGCAGAGCUGGCUUGUGACUUCGCUGACACAUGUGCCGAUGGCUCCGACGAGAAGCGCUGUGGAGCAACAACCUUCGAGUCGGGAGCUGGGGGCUGGCAGGACUUCAGCUUGGGGCAGCUGCGCUGGGGGCUGCAGAGGGCCAUUGAGCCUGACACCUUUCUUACAGGUGCAGGGGCUUUCCUGGCCCUCCAGGCAGGAGAAGGACAGAUGGUAAGUGCUGCAAAGGCACGAACACCUCUGCUGGGCCCCUCCGGCCCUGCCUGCACCAUGGAGAUGAGUUACCACAUCCAGAGCAGCCCCCAAGGCUUCCUCGCUGUUGGCAUCACGGAUCCCAACACAGGCACCACCCAGCUGGCCUGGCACAUGCAGGGUCAUGGGGGCACAGCUGGGGGACGUGCGAGUGUCCCCCUGGGAGAGAGGAGCCGACCCUUCCAGGUGUGCUGGGGGUACAGGGACCAGCCUGAGGGGCUGCAGGUGGGUCAGUGCUGCUGCUGCCAGGUACUCCAGGCUCAUGGUCACCACCUCCAGGUUGAGCUGCUGGCACUGGUGGAUCUGCAGGACUCAGAGAGCAUUGGCAUUGACAAUGUGACAUUCGAGCAGUGCCACAUUGAUGUGGUGUCACCUGCAGCUGCAGAGCUGUCCUGCAACUUCGAGAGGGGCAUGUGUGGCUGGUACCAGGAUCUGACCAGUGAUUUCAAAUGGGUCCGUGGCAUGGGACAGGGACUGGGCUCUGACCACACGACCGGCUCAG